AUGCUCAAGCCCUCCUCGCUCCCCGGAGCAGAAAGGCCAGGGUCCCCGCCAUGGUGUGCGGCGAGCGGGGGGAAAGGGCACGAACAAAAUACAGGACGAGGAGAAGCCGUGGGUUCCGAACUUUAUUGCACAAAGAGAGCGGCGAAGAGCGGGUCCGCCGCCGCCGCGCUGCUCCGCGGGCAGGGCAGGCACCGGGGCCGCCGGGAAGGCGGGCACCUUCACCUCCGCUGCCCUCCGCGGCCGCCGGCCUCCGCCGCCACCCCCCGCGGGCGCUCGGCGGCGCAGCCGGGAGGACGGCCGGGCCGGCCGGGGGCGAGGCGGGCGGCGCGGGGGGCAGCGGCGCCAGCCCAGAUCGGGCCGGGCGGGCGGCCUCCCCCGGGGCGGCUCCCGGCUCCCGGCUCCCGGCUCCGCGCCCGGCCCGAUGGUGGCGGUGGCAGCGGCGGCGGGAACGCGGGCGCCAGCUCGCUGCGGCCGGCCGGCCGCCCGCCCGCACGCCGCCCGGUCCCCGGCUGCCACCCCGCCCGCAGCCCGCCGCCCCCCGCCAUGAGCGCCGCCGCUGGCUGCAGGCAGAGUCGCUGCCGCCCGGCCGCCGCUGGCUCCAGUCCGCCGCCAUUAUUCUUUGUUCGCUGCGAGCGGCGGCGAGGUUGUGGGGCUCGGGCGGAGGCUCCAUCUUUGCCGCGGCCCCUCCUGCGAGGGGAAGGCCCGGAGCGCGGGUGUCCGGCGCCUCCCCGUCCCCCCUCGGUCCCCCCGGCUCUCUCGGGCUCCUGCCUCCUCCUCCUGCUCCUCUUACCGGUGGUACAAGCUCCUCCGUCACUGCUUUCGUUCGCGGCCCGGAUCUCGCUGGAGUUUUAUUCUCUCCCCCACGUAACACACCGCGUCAAACUACACCUCCGCCGCGUCACUCACCAACACUCCGCUUCUCCCAGCCGCCCGGGCCACAGGCAGCAGCAGCCGCCGCGGACUGAGGAGCCGCAGCCAGGGAGCCAGCCAGCGCCGCCCAGUGCCGAGUGCGCAGCGGCCGCGCACGGAAACAGCCGAGUCCGCCCGGAGGAGCUCGAGCGGCCCCGCCCCCCCGCGCUGGAGGCGGAACUUGCCGAAGCUCUUCGGUUUCCUUCGGGCGAGGCGCAGGGGUUCUCCCGGGAGGGAAGGCGAAGGUGGGCUGGGACCCGCGGUGGGGGGGAGGAGUGA